AUGAAAUACAAGAAGACAACCCCAGAAUAUGUGUUUCACUGCCAGUCUGCUGUAAUGUCUGCAGCUUUUGCAAAGUUUCACCCCAACCUGGUAGUUGGUGGGACGUAUUCCGGCCAGAUCGUGUUAUGGGACAACAGAAGUAACAAGAGGACACCAGUCCAGAGGACUCCACUUUCAGCUGCUGCUCACACUCACCCAGUCUACUGUGUAAAUGUGGUUGGCACACAGAACGCCCACAACCUGAUUAGUAUAUCUACAGACGGAAAGAUCUGUUCCUGGAGCUUGGAUAUGUUGUCUCAACCACAGGACAGCAUGGAGUUGGUUCACAAGCAAUCUAAGGCAGUUGCUGUCACCUGUAUGUCCUUCCCUGUGGGAGAUGUCAAUAACUUUGUAGUGGGAAGUGAAGAAGGUUCCGUGUACACAGCAUGUCGCCAUGGAAGUAAAGCCGGAAUAAGUGAAAUGUUUGAAGGCCACCAAGGACCAAUUACAGGCAUCCAUUGCCACUCUGCUGUGGGAGCCGUGGACUUUUCCCACUUGUUUGUCACAUCUUCUUUUGAUUGGACCGUGAAGCUAUGGACAACAAAGAAUAAUAAACCUUUGUAUUCGUUUGAAGACAAUUCAGACUACGUGUAUGACGUCAUGUGGUCUCCCACUCAUCCAGCAUUGUUUGCUUGUGUGGACGGUGUAGGAAGACUGGACCUAUGGAACCUCAACAAUGAUACAGAGGUACCAACAGCCAGCAUCACUGUGGAAGGGAACCCAGCCCUUAAUCGGGUCAGAUGGACUCACUCCGGGAGGGAGAUUGCUGUUGGAGACUCUGAAGGGCAAAUCUUUAUAUAUGAUGUUGGAGAGCAAAUUGCUGUUCCGCGGAAUGAUGAAUGGACCCGCUUUGCCAGGACACUCGCUGAAAUCAAUGCCAACAGGGCCGAUGCUGAAGAAGAAGCUGCCAACCGCAUUCCUGGUUAA